UAGAUGUCACAUGUAGUAGCAGAUGUUCAAACAACACGAGGUCAUUCAGUUUACACUAGGACAGUGCCAGACGAUCGAUAAGAAAGACAGUCGUUGAUAAGCGGAAAAAUAAAAACCACUCUUGACGUGUAGAAAGUAAAGGCCCGGCACAUCGUCCAUCACAACCGCACCACGACAAGCUCUUUCUCGUGCCUCCCUCGCGCCUGUUCUUACGAAACGACUGUUGUGAGAAUGAAAGCAAUGACCGGACUGAUGGCUGCGCUCCACAUGCUCCUGUUGACGCAGACCACUGUGAACGGUGCUCACGAUGGAGAUGGGCCUCGACCGUGUUGCUUCCCGGCAUCCUUUCAGGCAACCGUUGCCGACCUCCGGAGCGUGUCAACAACAGAUAUUCGUCUGUUUGAAGUGUACCGCGACUGGGAUAAACGAUUGCAAGUUCAGAAAAUUAUGAGCUUUGCUGCCCCUGGGCUGGUAGCGCCGACAACCACUGUCAUAAUGGAUUUCAAAAAUAUGACUCAGUAUGUGAUAGCUUCAAACGGAGACUGUCAAAGCCGACCUCUGGACUACGCUAUGCUCGAGCCCUGCAUGCCAGAAAACGCCAAGUACCUGGGAAAGACCUACGUGGGAUUCGGCUCGCACGCCGCUGACUUCGAGGGUUGGUCAUUCACCCGUGCUGACCAGGGCAGAAAUAUCGCCAUGACAGUUGCUGUCACCCCAGGUGACUGUGUGCCUGUGAUGGAGACCAUCACCGGCUAUUUAGGGCAAGGUCAGAUAGACACCUUGGUGAUGUUCACAGCAUUCAAAGCUCUGAAAGACCGCUCUGUGUUCAACAUACCACCUAACUGUUUCAGCGAAAUGAUGUGACAUGCAGCCCUAGUAUAGUAGACACCCGUAUACAUUGAGUGUGAGAGACCCGGGGCGAACAAGAAAUAAAACUUGUUUUCGUUAUUAAUUAUUAAUAAAACAAUUGUUUCAUUAUUAAAAUACAAGGUUGUCGUGAAAUACCUUGUAAGAUGUUCCACUUAACAUCCUGUAUGCUAGUGGCAACACACGGUCGGUGUGUACGGGUGUUAGUGCAAUACAGAGUCAUGGAGGCAAGAUGCUUGUCAAACCCGAUUCACUAAGAAUCCGACACUAGCAUCCUUUAGGAUGAUUGUGUUGAUUGCAUAAAAUGUGCUCUCGUUUAGCACCUCACAUUUGUUACUUUUGGUUUGUCUCGCACUACCCUGCUUUCAUUUGCUUAUUGUCCUCUCGUUUCUUGUAUCGUCGUAAACGCAAUAAAAGCAAAAGACGAGGAAA